AGUUUUAAAUUGAGUGUUUAGAAAGAAUGUUUAGUUAUCUAGAACGAGUAAAAUGUUUAAAUUAAAAAAUUUCUACGUCAUUUUAAAUAAUAAUAUCAAUUCAAAACUGACAAGGGAAUAUAAAUUAUUAUUAGUAAAACAACAACAGCAGCAGCCAGCAGUUACAUUACACUUUCGAUCUACUGCAGCCGCUGCUGCGUUAAAGAAUGACGUUAAUUCUGAAGCCAACAAAGAAUGGCAAAAUGCCAAACCUUUCCACGAAAUGCCCACUAUGAGUAUUUUUAGUAUGAUUAAAAACUUUUUACCGGGAGGCAAAUAUGCCAAUUUAGAUACCAACAAAAUGAUGGAAGCUUUACACAAAGAUUUGGGUAAUGUGGCCUAUUUACCUGGAUUCUUAGGUCGCAAGGGUAUUGUAAUCACCCAUAAUUUAGACGAUUUUGAAGUGGUUUUACGCAAUGAAGGCAUUUGGCCAGAUAGACCAGGUUCAGAGACUCUACAUUAUCAUCGUCAUGUACAUCGAGCGGAUUUCUUUCAGGGUGUGGAGGGUUUAAUAUCCACGCAAGGUGAGACUUGGGGUACUUUUCGUUCGGCUGUCAAUCCGGUGAUGAUGCAACCCAAAAAUGUUCACCUGUAUUUGCAUAAAAUGUCAGAAGUCAAUAAGGAAUUUAUAGAAAGAAUUCGUCAAAUACGUGACCCAAAAACUCUCGAAGUUUCCGAUACCUUUGAAGAGGAAAUUAACCGUUGGACCUUAGAAUCAGUUUCUGUUGUGGCGCUGGACAAACAACUAGGAUUGAUUACUAAAAAUCGCGAUAACCCCGCAGCCAAAGAACUGUUUCAGGCAUUAAAUGAUUUUUUUAUGUAUUCAUUGGAACUGGAAUUUAAACCAUCACUCUGGAGAUAUUACAAAACUAAAACAUUUAAGAAUUUAAUGAAAACUUUGGACAAAAUUGUCGAUAUAACCAGUUCAUAUGUUAACGAAGCUAUUGAACGUAUCGAGGAAGAUCGUAAAAAGGGAGUGCCGGAAAAGCCAGAAAAUGAAAAAAGUGUUUUGGAAAAACUUAUCAAAAUCGAUAAAAGAAUUGCCAGUGUUAUGGCCAUGGACAUGUUAAUGGCGGGUGUGGAUACGACCACCACCACAUUUACCGGUUUAAUGUUGUGUCUAGCUAAAAAUCCCGAAAAACAGGAGAAAUUACGUCAAGAGAUUUUGAAAAUUCUACCCCAAAAAGAUUCGGAAUUUGAUGAGAAUGCUUUAAAGAAUAUACCAUAUUUGAGAGCCUGCAUUAAAGAGUCGCAACGUAUCUAUCCCUUAGCCCUCGGUAAUGCCCGAGCUCCCGCCAAUGAUGUAGUCAUAAGUGGCUAUAGAGUACCCAAGGGUACCCAAAUAUCUUUGUGUACUGUCUCUAUGAUACGUAAUAGUGAUUAUUAUCCCCAACCAAAUGUAUUUUUACCCGAACGUUGGUUGAGAUCGAAUAAGAAAACCGACAUUAGUUCAGAAUGUCCUCAUAGUCUUAAGCCCAGCAAUCCCUUCAUACAUUUACCAUUUGGUUUUGGGGCUCGUAGUUGUAUUGGCCGUCGUAUUGUCGAAAUGGAACUGGAAUUGGGUAUUGCACGUUUGGUGCGUAAUUAUCAGAUUGAGUUUAAUUAUCCUACAGAGAAUGCUUUUAAGGGUCUGCUGAUAAAUGUUCCAAAUAUACCCUUGAAAUUUAAAUUUACCGAUUUGGAUUAUUGAAAACGAGUGAAGUAUAAUUUUUAUGUGAAAUUGUUAUAUUAGGUUAUGUGAUGUUAUUUUUAGGUUAUGUGAAGUAAAUUAAGUUUGUUUAAAAUAAAAUAUUCAAAUUAAAUAUGAAAUGUUAUUUAUUAAA